AUCUACUCCGUAUCAUUGUUCAGUUCAAUUUCCGUUAUUUUUUCAUCCGGAGGGCUCGUAUUCAACUGUAAUUGCAAAUUCGUGUUUAGGGUUUAUACAGUUUUCUUCGGUCAAUUUUCUUAAUCCCUUCAAAUCUCCAGUUCCAAUGUGGUCUCUUCGCCGUGCUUCUGUUUCCUUCAGGAAACAAGGAUUAAACGACAUUACAGCCCAAGUUUGCUUUACUACGGCAGAGUUAUCAAGCUAUUGCUUUGAAGGCUAUGUCAUUGGAGGUAAUGGGACUGCUAAAAGAGAUCUGUCUGUGACAACAUUUCAUAAGAUGACUUGUGAUCCCCCAUCACCAUUCAAGGGAAGCUUGAGUUUCUCUGCACUUGCUGGCACAAAGAGCAGCAGAGAGAAUGAUGAUGUGUUGGAUGAGUUUUCUGAGCUUAAUUCUUUUAAAACAUCUGGUUCAAUCCAAGAAGGUAAUGUAGGCAAUGAAAGUGAGUUAGAAUCUGAGUCAGAAAAAUGUGAUGAAGACUUGGAAGGACAACAGGGUGAAGUCGGCUUAUCCGAUACCGCGACUCGUAUAGGGGGGACAAUACAAGGACAAAUGUCUUCACCAGAAUUAUGUAAGGCUCUUUUGGUUGCAUCACGAAAUUCUGUUUGCCAUGUCAUGGAUAAAUGGGUUGAAGAAGGAAAUGCGUUGACCCGGGCAGACAUACACAUGGUCCUACGUUAUCUUCGUCAGCGGAAACUGUAUGCCAAGGCAUUGAAGGUAUCUGAGUGGUUGGAAUCAUCAAACCAUAUUGAGUUCACAGAAUUGGAUUACAGCGGUCAAGUUGAUUUAAUCGCUAAAGUCCAUGGUCUACAAGUAGCAGAAGCUCGUAUAGAGAAAAUUGCAGAAUCAUUCAGAAACGAAAGAGUUUAUCAGGCUCUCUUGGCAAAUUGUGUUUCUACAUUCAACAUGAGGAAAUCAGAAGAGGUGUUCAAGAAAAUGACCGACCUCCGGCUCCCAAUUUCAUGCUUCACUUGCAACCAGCUUCUCCUUCUAUACAAGAGGACAGACAGAAAGAAGAUCGCUAAUGUCCUUUCACUGAUGGAAAAAGAAAAUGUGAAACCAAACCUAUUCACUUAUAGAAUCUUGAUACUUGUUAAGGGGCAGUGUGAUGACAUAGCUGGAAUGGAAGAAGUUAUUGAGACAAUGAAGAACGAUGGAGUAGAGCCUGAUGUUAGUACCAAAUGCCUCAUUGCGAGGAUCUAUAUCCGUUGUGGUCUCAAUGAGAAAGGCGAGGCUAUGAUGAAAGAUAUGGAAAGUGACCCAGAGGGAGAAAAGUCUUGGGCUUUUACCAAUUUGCUACCGCUGUACGCUAUCCUUGGGAAGGAGGAUGAGGUCAGCAGGAUUUGGAAACUAUGUGAGUCUAACCCACGCUUAGAACAAUGCGCUGCUGCCAUCGGAGCAUGGGGAAGGCUGAAGAACAUUGAGAAGGCAGAAGAAGUGUUUGAAAUAAUGACAAGCAAAUACCCAAACAUGUCCUCAAAGAAAUAUUCUUCUCUGUUAAAUGUGUAAGCCCAUAAUGAGAUGUUGGCCAAGGGGAAGGACCUGGUGAUGCGGAUGAGGAAGAACGGUUGCCACAUAGGCGCAUCGACUUGGAACUCACUUGUGAAGCUUUACAUUGUGGCCGGAGAACUGAAAAAAGCUGAAGGCAUAUUGGCAAUGGCAUCCAAACAGAAAGGCAUGAAGCCACUGCUGACCUCUUACAUUGCAAUCAUUGAGGAAUAUGCUAAAAAGGGGGACGUCCAUAGCUGCGAGGAGAUGUUCCUGAAAAUGAGAAAAGGAGGGUUUUUGUCAGUUUAUUGGCUGUACCAGACGCUUGUUAAAGCGUACGUGAAUGCAAAUCUUCCUGCACAUGGGAUGAAAGAGAGAAUGAAGGGUGAUGGUGUUUUUCCAGGGGGUGUAUUGCUUACCAUGUUGCAUCGGGUCAAUCCGUUACACUAUCAGAGUCAGACAACAAUAUCGAACGUGGUAGAGUGAGGGUGCGUAAUAUAUAUGGUGUAGUGAUGAUAUAAAAUGAGCGAAAAGCAUUAUCUGAUACAUGGUGUUUGUGCUGCAGUGGUCACCCGCAAGUUUACUUGUGACGGAUUGCGUGUUCGAUUCUCCAUAGCACUAAGCGUCUGAGCCUCUGUGUU